AUGAUUGAAGUAUUAAUAACAUUAAUACCUUCGAUUAUUUGGUUAGUUUAUCGAUGUAUUAAGGUAUUGAGAGCCCCCACCGACGAUAUUGUCCAUGAUUUGAAUAUCGACAUACCUCAUAUACCCAAUAUUUGCAUUGAUUCUAUAUCAUCGAAUUCCAUUACUAUUCAUUGGGAUAUCAAAAUAAAUAACGAUGAACAACUAAAUUAUAUUGUCAUAGUUAAUAACCAGGAGGCAGCCACCUUAAGUUCCACUAACUGUCAAUUCAAUGACUUAAAUCCUGACACUAUUUAUCAAUUUCAAAUAAUUGCCGUUAACUUGAUCAAUAACUUCAAGUCACAAAGUAAUCCUAUUUUCAUUGAAACCACUAGUGAAAAUGAGUCAGAGAUUAUUCUUAAAGAGUUCAAUAACAAUGAAGAUAUUGUGGAAGAUAUUAAGAAGUUUAAGACCAAUUUGAUCAAUGACAUUUCUGAUGAUGAUGCCUCUCAUAAAGAUAUUUCAAUUGAAAGUAUUGCUGAGAUAAAUGAUGAAAAAACUUUGGAUAAAUUGUUGAAAUUGAAUCAGUAUAAGUUAUUGUUGAUAUUUAACGAAUUCAGAAACCAACAAUUAAGUGUAGAUGAAGAGAUCAAGAAGAUUAAUUCCAAUUAUGACAGUUUGAAUUCAGAUUUGAAAGAUUCUAACCAAAUCAUUAACUCAUCAUUAGCUAACUUCAAAGAGAAACAGAAGAAAAAGGAAGAUGUUAUGUUGAUAAAGAAUAAGCUUGUUGAUCAAUUAGUUGAAUUGAAAAGGAAUUAUCAAACCAAAUUGAAAAGAUUUGAACAUUUACAAGAUGAACUCAAUUUGUUACAGAAAGAGAAAGAUAAGAUCGAACUUAAGAAGUUCAAUGAAAAGGAUGAAAUCAAUAAUGAAAUUAAUGAAAUAAAAUUGGAAAUUUCUAACAUCAAACAAGAUAUACAUAAGAAUGAAAUCAGUUUAAAGAAUUCUAAGAAUAAUAAGAAACAAAUCAAUAAUUAUUGGGAAUUCUUGAAGAAAUUAGUUGAACCAUGGCAAAAGGAGAAAGUUUUCAAUGAUGAUAAUUCUAUUAAUAACAAAGGAUUGGAUAUUUUAAAUAAUAUCAUUUCAAAUACUACUUGGUCAUCAGAAAUUCAAUCAGAUUUGAAUGAAUUGAAUCGUCUUGAUAAUGCAUGGAGGAACAGUUUCAAAGCUGAAAUUAAGAAUUAUGUUAUUAAUUUCAGAGAUUUGGAAACUUUGAAAUGUCAAAAGGAUAAGAAUUAUGUACCUAAAUUUAUUGAUGAAUUUGAUGCUAGUAUUGAAUUUGGUGGUGAAUCAAAUAAAUUGUUCAAGAAACGGAAGAUUAGAAAUAGAUCUAAAUCUCAAACAUUAUCAUCAUCAUCAAGUUCAUCACCAGGUCCAAAUCAAUCAAUGAAUAAUAUUCAAGAUUUCUAUGGUGAUAUUUAUAAUGAAGAUCCUCAAAAUCAACCUCAACCACCUUUGAUUUCUGUUCAAUUAGGUCAUUCUUUGAGUAGUCCACCGCCAAUUCAACCAUUAAGUCAAAUUAAUCCUCAGCAAAAUCAAACUUUUGCUCAAUCCAUGCUGUCAUCACAUUCACAGAGUCAAUAUCCUAGUCAUCAAGGUCAAUAUCCGAAUCAAUUGAACAAUGGUCAAUUAAAUGGUCAAUUGACUGGCCAAUUAACUGGCCAAUUAACUGGUCAAAUGACUGGUCAAAGGACUGGCCAAUUAAAUGGCCAAUUGAAUGGUCAAAUGCAAAAUAAUAUAGCUCAAACUCAAGGAGUUCAUGUCCCUAAUAUUUACAACAACCAAGAAUUACCUUUGGAAUUCUUACCUUUGAAUUGGAAUAAAAAUAAUCUCAACAUUGAUAGAUCAUUCUUGAAUGUUUAUAAUCAAAAUUCUUCUUCUCCAAGUUUACAAAACACUUUGGCAACUUCAACAAGUAUCAAUUCAAAUAUUUGGGAUGCAAAUUUUAAUUCUCAUCAAUCAUGGAAUUACAACAGUUCACCCAAUUUGAAUUCUCCCAAUUUGAAUUCUCCAAGUUUACAAUCACCUGGACUUCAAUCUCCAAAUUUACAAUCUGCCACAUUGAAUUCUCCAAACUCCGGUUACAAUACCUUGAAUGGAAAUUUUAGCGAUAAUAACGUAAAUGGGAAUACUUUAAUCAACAAUCCUGGCAGUAACGGCUUUAACCUUGCCAACACGUCAAUAAAUGGCGUCAGUGGUAAGAACUUAGAUUAUCAACAAAACGUUUUUGACUAUUUUUAUAAAGAAGAAAAUAAAUAA